GUUGAGGUAAAUGCACACUAUCCGAAGUAUAAAUAUGGACUGGAUAUACAUUUAUUUGUUGCCAUCAAUUAUACCUUUGUUUGUGGCAGCCGUCUGCAACAAAAACGAGUGUUGUCCUGGGAUCGAAAGAGACACAUGUAAAGAUGAAACAAAAGAAGAAUGUCUCCAUGCUAAACUCAUUCAUAAUAUUCAUCGGCGAUUUCCGGGAUACCAGCCACAAGAUGAUGAAUAUCCUCUCUGUGACUACUACAUAUCGCCUGGCUGGUACACCUUCUGUGGUCAAGUGUUGUCCUCGAAUCUCACUGGCUGCGGAACAGUCUUCAACUGGAUAAGGACCGGUGCCUUGCCAGAUGAUGGUCCAGAUUUAGUUAAUGUUUGCAUGACGCAAAAGGAAGAGGGGAAGUGUCAGGAAAAUUCGCAAGUUAACGCCUCCAAAUGUCAUGAUGGCACAUACGUCUUCUAUCUUAUUGAUACCCAGAGUUGUCCCGAGGCUUAUUGCAUCGAGUCAGCAGUCGAUCGUACGAAUGAAGAUUCGAUGUGUACCGUUAACGAAAAUGAUCAACGUUGUGAAGGGUGCUGCGCGAAUGACAGCGAGUGUUUGGCGAUUAAUGGUGAAUGCGUUUUCAACGUCUCUUCAAAUGUGGGCGAGUGCAGGUGUCAGCCAGGAAGUGUUCUCCGUGAUGAAACUUGUUCUGAAGUUCAACGCUGUGAAGGGUGUUGCGCGAAUGACAGCGAGUGUUUGGCGAUUAAUGGUGAAUGCGUUUUCAACGUCUCUUCAAAUGUGGGCGAGUGCAGGUGUCGGCCAGGAAGUGUUCUCCGUGAUAAAACUUGUUCUGAAAUUCAACGCUGUGAAGGGUGUUGCGAGGAUGACAGCGAGUGUUUGGCGAUUAAUGGUGAAUGCGUUUUCAACGUCUCUUCAAAUGUGGGCGAGUGCAGGUGUCGGCCAGGAAGUGUUCUCCGUGAUGAAACUUGUUCUGAAGUUCAACGCUGUGAAGGGUGUUGCGCGAAUGACAGCGAGUGUUUGGCGAUUAAUGGUGAAUGCGUUUUCAACGUCUCUUCAAAUGUGGGCGAGUGCAGGUGUCAGCCAGGAAGUGUUCUCCGUGAUGAAACUUGUUCUGAAGUUCAACGCUGUGAAGGGUGUUGCGCGAAUGACCGCGAGUGUUUGGCGAUUAAUGGUGAAUGCGUUUUCAACGUCUCUUCAAAUGUGGGCGAGUGCAGGUGUCGGCCAGGAAGUGUUCUCCGUGAUGAAACCUGUUCUGAAGAUCAACGUUGUGAAGGGUGUUGCGCGAAUGACAGCGAGUGUUUGGCGAUCAAUGGUGAAUGCGUUUUCAACGUCUCUUCAAAUGUGGGCGAAUGCAUGUGUCGGCCAGGAAGUGUUUUCCGUGCUGAAAAUUGUACUGAAGCCGUGACGUCUUCGGUCGAUACCAACUCAUCAGAGUAUACCUCAGCAACAUUCGAGGGUGUAACCACAAAACGCAUACAUUUAUUGAUCGUCAUAUUACCACCCUGCGGAGUGAUACCAGUUGCCGCAAUCAUCAUCUGCAUUAUUUGUCGGUAUAAAAAGAAAACAACAAGAAACACGGAAAACAGAGUCGAUGUUUAUGAUGAAAUUUCCCCUGACCCAUACACCAAACUGGAGUACAGAAAUGAUCGUGAGAAGACACAAACCUACCAAGGCCUAUUUGUUGUUGAAAGAAGUGGAUCUAAACACAUGCACCCGACAAAAGGCAGGCUGGACGAAACGAGCGAUGACCACAUAUACGCAAAACUUGAGUUGAGUUGAGUUGACACUGUGUUCAUUGUUUUUGAACAAAAUAUUAUUAUUGUAUUGAUUUGUUCAUUUAGUUUCAUUGCAUAUAGUUGUAUAUACAUUUGUGUUUAAUGACAGUUCAUCUCGACGUUUCAAUCAAGUGUAUAAAUUAAUAAUUGAAAUAUUAAUUGCGAUGCAUUUUACUAAAACAAUGCGUGUAAAAAGCGGGAUAAAGGAAUUAAAAAAAAAUAAUAUGUAAAUAUAUUCAAAAAAUGUUUUGUUGAAACUUGUUCCACUGCCUUUGACACAACAUGUUAUAUUUAGUUUAACUAACA